UCUGCAAUUUCUUAUUUCUGCUUUCUUAACAGAGCCAACAAAGACCUGACCUGUCUCUCCUCUCACCACGACCGGCACCACCUGCUCCGCCACCACCGUCGUCCGUCGCCGUCGUCUUCUCUCGUAUUAACGACCGGAAUUUGCAUGCUCUCCGGUCGGUAGAAUCGGAAUCGAGAAAUGGGGGAUCAGCUCGCGAGGGGAGAGGACUACGAGAAGAAAGCCGAGAAGAAGCUCAAUAGCUGGAGCUUUCUAGGGUCCAAGUACGAGGACGCCGCCGAUCUGUUCGACAAAUCCGCCAAUUGCUUCAAGCUCGCCAAAGCCUGGGAUAGAGCUGGGUCGACAUAUAUCAAGUUGGCUGAUUGUCAUUUGAAGAGCCAAAGCAGGCAUGAAGCUGCUUCAUCUUACGUUGAUGCUGCCAAUUGCUACAAGAAAACAUCACCCAAGGAGGCAAUAUCUUGCUUGGAGCAGGCUGUGAACCUUUUUAUGGAGAAUGGAAGACUCAAUAUGGCUGCGAGAUAUUACAAGGAAAUUGGCGAAUUAUAUGAGUCUGAGCAGAACAUUCAAGGGGCCAUUGACAACUUUGAAAGAGCAGCUGAGCUUUUUGAAAGUGAGGAAGUAACUACUUCGGCCAAUCAGUGCAGGCAGAAGGUUGCUCAGUUUGCAGCACAGCUAGAGCAGUAUCAGAAGGCUAUUGAGAUAUACGAGGCCGUAGCACGGCAUUCCCUUAACAGUAACUUGCUGAAGUACGGAGUCAAAGGGCAUUUGCUGAAUGCUGGCAUUUGUCAGCUCUGCAAGGGCGAUGUUGUUGCGAUUUCAAAUGCAUUGGACCGUUACCAGGAACUUGACCCAACGUUUUCAGGAACACGUGAAUGCAGAUUGUUAAAGGAUAUUGCUGCUGCCAUCGACGAGGAAGAUGUCGUGAAGUUCACCGAUGUUGUGAAGGAAUUUGAUAGCAUGACUCCACUGGAUUCUUGGAAGACGACCCUUCUCCUGAGGGUGAAGGAGAAGCUGAAGGCCAAGGAAUUGGAGGAAGAUGAUCUCACCUAAGAGUCUUUUCAUUUCUUUUUUCCCAUGGAUGCGGACCGCUACCUCUAUUGAUGCCUGUCACUCUGACUACUUUGGUUUGUUCGGAUGAGUUUGGGUUUGCUUGGACCGAUGUGUGUCUAUAAAACCUUCGGUUUAUUUGUAAUUGCGAGUUCUAUGAACACUACUAAUAGCAUGUUCCAAUAAACCGGGUUUAAUUUGUGUGUACUCCCAAGCAAUGAUUCUCUUGCAGACAGUUCUCGGGAGUACACUGUACAAGUCCUCUAUGGUUCUAUACG